UUUGCUUCUUAUUCCGCGAAUUCCCAUCCUUUGAAAUUCAAAACCCUUAUCAAAGAAACAAUCAUUCCUUAUUCCGAAUUCCAAUGGCUGAAAUCGCUGUUACUGCCGUCAUCACUGUGUUAUGUGAGAAGUUGAUCUCCGGUGACCUUAUGAAGCUAGCUGGAUCGGAAGGGAUCGAUUCUCAGCUGAAAAAAUGGAAGAACACCUUGCCUCUGAUUCAAGCCGUGCUUGCUGAUGCAAGUCAGAAGCACAUAACAGACAAAGCUGUUCAAUUGUGGGUGAACAAUCUCCAGGAUUUGGCUUACGACAUAGACGAUGUACUCGAUGAUUUGGCCACUGAAGCUAUAAGACGCAAUUUGAAUAAAGAAGCUCUUGCCAGCACCAGUACUGGUAAGCUAUUGAAGUUCUUCCCAAAUUGUUGUACUAAUUUCACUCCUCACAAUUUCAUGUAUGGUCGGAAGAUGAGUUCUAAGCUAGACGAAAUCACCACCAAAUUGUGUGAUCUUGUUGACCAAAGGAAGGGUUUGGGUUUGAAUGUGAAUGUUGAAAGGUCAAAUAUAACGGAGAGACGGUUGGAGCAAACUUCAUUGGUUGUUGAGUCCAAAAUCAUGGGUAGAGAAGGGGAUAAAGUGGCAUUGAUGGGGAAGUUGUUGAGGAAUGAAGAAUGUGAUCAAAAUGUGAGUAUAGUAUCGAUAGUUGGUAUGGGUGGAAUAGGCAAAACCACUCUUGCUAAACUUUUAUACAACGAGCAGGAAGUGAAGGAUCACUUUGAACUCAGGGCAUGGGUUUGUAUUUCUGAAGAGUUUGAUGUAUUUAAUAUUAGCAAUGCUAUGUUUGAAGCUUUAGGUGGGGACAACAAAAGAUUUUCUAAUCUUGAUCCGCUUCAUGUGGCCCUCAAAGAAAAACUUUCAAAGAAGAGGUUCUUACUUGUUCUAGACGAUGUCUGGAACGAAGACCACAGUAAGUGGGAACUUCUUCAAAGCCCUCUUCUUGUAGGGGCAUAUGGAAGUAAGAUUAUUGUCACAACAAGGAGUACCAAGGUUGCAUUGGUGAUGGACUCGGAACUAUCUUAUGGUCUGGACGUUUUAUCGAAUGAAGAUGCAUUGUCAUUAUUUGCUCAGCAUGCGGUAGGUGAAAAAAACUUUGAGAAACAUCCAACACUUAAGUCGCUUGGUGAAGGUAUGGUGCAGAAAUGUGGUAGAUUGCCUUUGGCUUUGAAAGCACUUGGGAGGGUCUUGAAGGGAAAUAGAAAUGGUGAUGAAUGGGAGAAGUUGUUGAAGAGUGAGAUAUGGGAUAUAGAUGAUGGAAGCGAGAUUCUUCCGGCUCUAAGACUAAGCUAUUAUCAUCUCCCUCCACAUUUGAAGCAGUUGUUUGCAUAUUGCUCCUUAUUUCCCAAGGACGCUGAGUUUGAAAAGAAUGACUUGGUUCUGAUGUGGAUGGCAGAGGGAUUUUUGUCCCAAUCAAAAUCAAUGGAGAGGUUAGGUCAUCAUUAUUUUGAAGAGCUACUGUCAAGGUCUUUUUUUCAGCAAUCAGCGAAUGACGAGUUCGAAUAUACAAUGCAUGAUCUGAUGAAUGACUUGGCCACAAGUGUUGCAGGAGAGUUUUUUUGUAGAUUGGAUGGUGAGAUGGAUGUAUCUGACACAAAUGAAGUUUUUGAGAAGCUUCGUCACUUAACAUUUAUAGCUUCAUCAUCUGGAUCAUAUAUAAAACUUAAGCAAUUACAAACUACUCGCUUGCACACUUUCUUAGGAAUUUUGCUUUCUGAGUCAGACUAUGUUUAUGAUGAAUUAAUUCAUAAACUACAGUUUGUAAGGGUGCUAGCACUGACUGGAAUCACAAUCACAGAGGUACCAAAAUCCAUUGGUAGUCUCAAGCAUCUACGGUACCUUAAUUUUUCUUUUACUGAAAUCACAUGUUUACCAGAACAAGUGAGUGACCUUUAUAAUCUACAGAGUUUGUUGGUUCAGGAUUGUUCUGAGUUAUCCAGCUUGCCAAAAAGUUUUGCAAAGUUAAUAAACCUGCGACAUCUUGACCUAAGUAAGACUCCGAAUUUGAAGAAGAUGCCCUUAGGGAUCGGUGGGUUGACGAGUCUACAAACUCUAACCAAGGUCUUUAUUGAAGAAGGUAAUGGGUUCAAAAUAUCCGAUCUUAAGGGCCUAUCGGAUCUUCAAGGCCGACUUUCGAUUAAGGGGCUGGACACAGUUAAAAAUUCAAUAGAAGCGAAGGAUGCCAACUUACAUGAAAAGAAAGGUCUUGAUGUUUUGAAGAUGGAAUGGAGUGAUUUGUUUGAUGAUUCUCGGAAUGAGAUGAUUGAAUAUGAAGUACUUAAAGAACUAAGGCCUCAUCCUAAGUUAAAAAAGCUCAAGAUUUUCAAUAACAACGGAAUGAGGUUUCCUAGUUGGGUUGGCGAUCCCUCCUUUGAUCAGUUAACAGAGCUUAAGUUAUGUGGUUGUAGAAGUACAUAUUUACCAACACUCGAACAUCUGCGUUCUCUUAAGGAAUUGGUUGUUGAAAGGAUGAAUGAGGUGAAGACUGUGGGUUUUGAAUUACCUGCACCUACAAAUUCUUUUCCAUCACUUGAAGUUCUGGAAUUUGGUCAUAUGCAAGGUUGGCAGAGGUGGUUAAUUAAUAGUGGUGACGGACAUGAAACUCCUACAUCAUUUCCUCGUCUUUGUAAAAUAUCUAUCAAAUGUUGUCCAGAACUUGAUGAAGUGUCGAUCGGAUUGAUACCUUCACUUCGGUUUUUACAUAUAGAAGAAUGUUCUGAACCGUUGUUAAGAAGCUUGGUUGGUUUGUCCCCGUCACUUAUUGAACUGAAAAUGUUGAAUGUUAGAGGACUUACCCAACUACAUGGAGAAGUUUUAAUGCAUCUUAGGGCACUUGAGUAUCUUUGUAUUAAAAAUUGUGAUGAGCUGAAAUACUUGUGGGAACAAGAAUCAGAGGCAUGCAAGAGUCUUGUGAGUUUACAGAAGUUGGAAGUAUGGGGUUGUAAAAACUUGGUUUCAUCAGCUGAGAAAGAGGAUAAUUUUGGGAUCAGCAUGGAAUCACUUAAAUCUGUGGAAUUUUAUUACUGUGAGACAUUGGAGAGUUACAAUUGUACAAAUACUGUUGAGAGGUUGCUUAUAAGUAGUUGUGAUUCAAUGACAUCCUUGACCUUCUCAGCAGUGCAGGAGCACCCAUGCCCUCUUACUGAAUUGAUAGUCGGUGAUUGUGAUAACAUACAAUUACAAUCCAAACCCAUUCCAGCAAAAGACUUCAGUUUGUCUCGCCUAACAUCUUUUGAUAUUAUUUCUUGGAAGAAUCUAAAGUCAAUCCCUUAUGAGCAUUUUCAGAGUCUCACAUCUUUGGAAGACAUGAUAAUACAUAAUUGUCCAAGUAUGGACUACUCCUUCCCUUGUGGGGUGUGGCCUCCUAAUUUAAGGAUGCUAAGCAUAGGUGACUUAAAUAAGCCCAUGUCAGAGUGGGGCCUGCAGAAUUUUCCAACUUCACUAUUUGAUCUACGUUUAUAUGGCAAAGACUCGGGAGUGGUUUCAUUUGUGGUGGCAGACGAUGUGAGGAAUACUACUACUACUCCAUCAUCAUCAUCAUCAUCAUCAUCUUUUCUUCUUCCACAAUCUCUGGUUUCUCUAUCGCUCCAUGAUUUUACGGAUGUGGAAUCAUUUUCAGAGGUCUUACCACACCUCCCCUGCCUUAAAACACUUUAUAUUUGGAAUUGCCCAAAGCUUGGGGAUCUUAAGACCAUUUAUGACCCAUCAAAUGUGACAAUAUUGGUGUUGAAGUAGAAAAGGUGCACGUUGGAUCAAGGCUGUCUACAUGAUGUCAGUGAGGAAUAUCAGCUAAAUAUGCAAAGGGAUGGACGUUUAAAAAAGUGAAGGCAGAUUAAGAAUCAAUGAGUUUCAGAAAAGGCAUUAUUUAAAUGGGAAAAAGAUAUUACUCCAAAAUAUGAUGGGAAAAAGCAUUAUUUAAAAGGGAAAAAAGAUAUUGACGGAACUGCCCCUGCACUGUUGGCAGGAACAAAGGUUGAAAUAGACACAUGCAUUUGAAUGAACAUAUUGACUCUUUCGAAAAACAUUGCACCACACCUGAUAUUAGUAAUAUUUGAUUUGAAAGUUUGUAAUAAAUCUUGUUUUAAGUAGAAUGCCAUUUCAAGUACAAUUCCCAUAUACAUAAUGGACAAUUAUGCCCCUAGCCAUAAACAGAUGCGGUUCCUAUUUUGAUUUCAAGUACAUCUGCCCCUGCCCCUAUUUGGUUAAAUGCAAGAGAAAGCAAUUUACUUUAUAGACUAUAAAAUGUUUACAACGAAAUAGAUUGGUUCAUCCUUCCAAGAAACGAUGAUGAUACAUGAAGAUGAGAAACACAAACAUAAAAAGAUAUUAGUUUGGUCUAAUUCAUUAAGCU